AGUUGUGCAUUUGUCCAAAAUUCUUCAUCAUGCACGUCAGUUCAAAGAUGAGGAAAAUCACGUUAGUUUGUUGUCACUAAAUUGUUGACACUGGAAACAAUUGCUAAGACUGAUCAGCCAAAGCUUGGGCGAAGCAGUGCCCCUCCUGGAGUCAGUAAAUAGUAUAAAGAAUUCAGUUGGACUGACCGGAGCUGCAUAGUUUCGUAUUUUGUAGCCGUCUCCAAUUUGCAGACAAUUUAUAUUUUUGAAGCGAAUGUUCCUACUAUUUUCUAAGUGGGUUUUGGACUAUUUUCUGGCUGCCUACACGCCGCACUAUCAGUGAAAACCAGAGCCUGGGAAGUAACCUCAGUUGUCCGAGAAUGGCUGCUUCAACAUUGGUAGUUGGACAAUAUGUCUGGGCGAAGUUGACCGGGUUUCCCCACUGGCCUGCUAAGAUCUUGGAACUCUCCAAGACAGAUGAUCAACAUUAUGUGGAGUUUUUGGGACAAAAGAAAACGGUGGCACAUGCCAAGGUGAAGCCGAUCACCACGGAUGGUUACGACCGAAUCGUCAGGGACGGCAAGAGAGCCAAGGGACAGACGUUUGUCAAGAGCGUCAAUGAGCUGAAGCGAACCGUACCUCCGGAGAUGGCCGAAGAUCUCUGGCCGGAAUAUCAAGCCUGCUCAGUCGCACAGGCAAAGAAAAACGUAUCUAAAACACUGCAGCAGGACGCUGGCACGUUUGAGUCGAACAGUUUUGCAGCGGGGGCACCAUCGUCUGCAUCGUCUUCCCUGGCGUCAUCUCCGCUGUCGUCAUCGUCGUCGGCCACGUCGUUAGUAGCAGUAGCUGUGACACGCAACAAUGGCGGCGCUAGUAACGCCACCAUGGCCAAGUCGAUGUCGGCGCGCAAGUCCACCAACGCGCGCAGCUCCGGCAGUGCAACGCAAUCCAGUUCCAGCGGCGCUGGCGUAAGUACAUCACCUACGUUGGCAACUUCCCCCUCUCAGGCCUCUGCCUCUGCCAGUAGCAAUCAAUCAACGAAAUCCAGUUCAGCUGACGCAGCAUUACACAUUCCCAAACCGAGGAAAGGUAGCUUGAAGCGUGCUGGUGUAUUGCCGACCGCCAGGGUCGUGGAACGGACUGGUCAGCAAGCUGCGCACAUCAAGUUUGCUGCCAAGAGUGACGUGGCACUCAUAACGCCGCUGCCGAAGAAACGCGCUGUGGAUCUAAGUGAUGGUGGUGUUCCUCCGCCCAAACUACCCAAGACUGUGCCGGCUGAUAGUACUAGCAAGUUGCCGUCCAACCCGACAACUACACAUUGCAACUACGGAUUCAUCGGCCUGGGCAUCAUGGGCACGGAGAUGGCCAGGAAUCUACUCAAAAACAGUCACAACGUCGUCAUCUGGAACCGCUCUGGCUUACGCAAACACAGCGAGCUAUUGUCAUGCGGUGGUCAAGUGGCGUCCUCUCCGGGAGAGGUUGUCGAUCGGUCCGACAUCAUCUUCACGUGUGUGUCAACACCGCAGGCUGCAAGAGAUGUGUUAACACGCAGCGGUGGUGUGCUACAAGCAAUGCGGCCUGGCAAGGGUUAUGUCGAUAUGUCCACCGUGGAUGCUGAGACCUCUCAGUUCGUCAGCAAGGCUAUUCACGAGAAGGGUGGUCAGUUUCUGGAAGCACCCGUGUCGGGUAGCAAGAAACCAGCACAGACCGGUCAGUUGGUCAUCUUGACCGCCGGCGAUCAAGACCUGUUUGAUCGUGCAACGCCUGCAUUCCGCGCCAUGGGGAAAUCACACUAUUAUCUCGGUGAGGUUGGAGAUGCGGCGCGCAUGAAGCUAGUCGUCAACAUGAUGAUGGGAUCCAUGACGUCAGCGUUGUGUGAAGGCAUGGCGCUAGCCAAGGAAGUGGGCUUGUCACAGAAGAUGCUCUAUCAAGUGCUGCGUGAAGGUGCGCUGGACAGUAAACUUGUUGAGGUGAAGGGAGCCGCUAUUCUCAAAGGCGACUUUCCACCGUCGUUUCCGCUCAAGCAUCAACAGAAAGACAUGCGGCUGGCGCUGGCACUUGGUGACCAGAUACGGCAGCCGCUUCCGGUUGCUGCUGCGGCUAAUGAGACGUUCAAGAAAGCUCUGCAGAUGGGACUAGGUGAUGAUGACAUGUCGGGUGUGUACAAGGCACAUUACACGCCACUGACGGAUAGAACGAUGCCUCAUCAACGCGGCAACAGUGCUGUUUCUCCCCCGCUCUUAUAGAUCACGCUUACCAAUAACGUUUUUCCUGGAAGAAUCUAUAUCAUCAGCAAGGCUAUAUUUAUCCUGCCGUUGCUGCUGAGGACGAUGAUAAUGAUGUCACCUCAUCGGAUGUGAGUUUACCAACGAUAUAAUUCAAGAUGGUUCUCACACCACUUUCUUCUUCUUGCAAUUGGUGUGUUGCACGCGACUGCAUUUGCCGACGACUGGUGCUCCCAAACCAACUUGGCGUGUUUCCGCCUGCCACGUUUGAUCAACCACCAGAUGAAUACUUAUGGCCGGCCGGUCAAGCCAAUCAACUGUCAUUUCUAUAACUACGCCGCGCGCCGCUGCUUUAGUCCUGCCGCUAUGGCAACCAUCCCUGCCGCUAUGGCAACCAUCCCUGCCGCCAUGGCAGCCAUCCAUGCCGUCUUCUGCAGCAGCUGGAGCUGCGCGCAUGGCAGUUGUGCGCCGGCAUUUUGAGAGUUCCGCCGUGAUGUGAUUUUUAUUUCCGUUGAAUCCAAGUUCACUUUUUUCUAAUGUAGAAUCCAAAUUGACGAAAAGAUGUCUUUAUUGCCCGAAGCAACCUUCAUUGACCCACUGCACUGCACUGCGCGGCACAGCACGGCGUGGCACAUCGCAUGGUUGUGAAGUGUGCAUUCUGCCGUGGCAUAGUCCCUCUGUUGAUGCCCCUUUCCACCGCUGCAUGUGCCCCUGUCAAUCACUCAGUGCACACUGCUCCAGCGGGUGGAGCACAGUGCUCCUGGACUGAUUGCACUUUCAUUUCUUCUGUUGCCUCGCUGGUGUAUUACGUUGCGAGCACGCAUGAGAGAGAGAGAGAGAGAGAGAGAGAGAGAGAGAGAGAGAGGGAGAGAGAGAGAGAGAGAGAAAGCGGGAGCAAUUACCGAAAGUACGGUGUGCACAAACUGGCUAGGUCAUUUCCUCGUUGUACUGUGCCAACUGAUAGUUGUGUUGCGUUUGUUUUGUUUUGGUUGUGUUUGGUUGUGUGAGGUCCUACAAUGUACCGUCAAUUUUAAUAAGUACCGGUAGAUGGAGGCCAUUUCUUUCUCCGUGCUCUCACCGUAUGUGAUUGAAUAGCGCACACACACACACCGUGGCUGUCAUCUCAGUAGUCCCAUGCCUCUCAGCCAAACCUUCGCCUUCUCCUUUACAACCUGAACUAUGUUUUGCCAGCCCUAUAACAACGCAACUGCUCCUUUGCUUGCAACUAAUUACCGGUACUUGUUCGCCGUCGGUGUUGCAGUCCUUCAUAGCAUAACUAAUUCACUACUUUUGUUGUCACGUUCCUAUCGUGUAUGGCACUGUCACAUUUCUCCAGCGUCUCAUUGACCAUGUUUGCUGUCGAUCAGACACAAUCUUUUU